GAGUUCCUGGUGGGGGGGCCGGGCAUGGCGCUGCCAGGUGCUGGGUGCUGGUAGCGGCCUCGGGGCUGGUGCUCACCUGGGUCCCGUGGCCGUGGUGGUCCCGCAGCCGCCCUGACCCCGUGCUGAGGGGCUCCGCAUGGGCUGGGAGCCACCGCCACCCUCCCUACCACACAGCGGGUUAAUGAGUGACCAGCCGUGACCGGGCACCGGCACUGCCCAUUGCCAGCGCUCCGCCGGGCACCGCUGCGCUCCAGUGGCACCGCGGCGCCAGGAAAGCCCCAUAGCAGCGCAGCACAGGAGCACCCAGUGCCCAGGAUUUGCAUGCGGGUGAUUAAGACAAUGAGGCAAUCGGCACUGUUGCCACAUCGGUGUGAAUCCCCACAGCCCUCUAUAAAAUGCCCCGAUCGAUGAGGGCGCGCAGAGCGGGGCAGGGCGCCGAGCCGGGCCGGGCUGUGCUGCAGGAGGAGACGCAGAGCUGCUCACCAUGUGCUGCCUCACCCACGUGCUGGUGCUGGCGCUGGCGCUGGUGCUGGGCGCUCCGUGGCGGGCGCUGCACGGGGCUCCGCUGGCCGAGCUCUCGGGGGACCACGACUUCCAGCUCUUCCUGCACAAGAACCUGGAGUUCACCCGCAAGAUCCGGGGGGACGUGGCCGCGCUGCAGCGCGCGGUGUGUGACACCUUCCAGCUGUGCACAGAGGAAGAGCUGCAGCUGGUGCAGCAGGACCUGCCCCUCACGCAGGCUCCCCUGGAGCAGUGCCACAGCCGCGGCUUCCAGGCGGAGGUUUGCUUCAGCCAGAUCCGCGCCGGGCUGCACGCGUACCAGGGCUCGCUGGGCGCCGUCCUGCAGCUGCUGCCCGAGCACACGGCGCUGGUGGAGACGCUGCAGCUGGACGCCGCCAACCUCUCCUCCAACAUCCAGCAGCAGAUGGAGGACCUGGGCCUGGACACGGUGACGCUCCCGGCCGAGCACCGCAGCCCCCCGCCCGCCUUCUCCUCCCGCUUCCAGCACCAGGUCGGCGGAUUCUUCAUCCUGACCAAUUUCCAGCGUUUCCUGGAGACGGCGUACCGCGCGCUGCGGCACCUCGCCCGCCUCUGACGCCGCCCGCUCCCCCCGCUCCCUUCCCCGCUUAUUUAAUAUUUAUGGCUAUUUAAUAUUUAUCCGGCCGGGGGGUCCCGCCGCCCCCCAGCCCCCACGCAGGGUGCCCGCCCUGCGCUGCCGUCCGUGCACGGGUCUCUGUGCAGCACCACCCAUGUUUAAUAUUUAAACACAAGCGUAUCUCUGCUACGAGGUUUGAGCCGGGCUGAGCUCGGUGUCCUUCCCCCGGCCCCCGGGAUGCUCCGAGCGGCACCGGGGCUGCGGGGCUGGAGCCGGCGGUGUCACCGCUCCGGGGCUCGUUUCUAGGAGCUGUAUUUAUUUUAUUGGCUGUGGGGUAAGGAGGGAGGGGAGCGCAGCCCGGGACGGGGCCCCGCCGCCGGGGGCUGAGGCUCCGCUCUGCCCGCACCGAGCUCCUAUUUAUUGCAGCGUAACUUAUUCGUGCCCUCGCACCCGCGUUUGCGUCUCGGAAUUUCUCAGCCGCUCCGGUCCCGCGAGCUGAGUUUUGUACGGUAUUUAUUCCUGCAGCUGGGUCAGCCCCAGGGCAGCGCGCGCUGUUGUAUUUUUUUAUAUAUCUGUGACAACGAUGGAAAUAAAGUCUAUUUUGGCUCCAACAUCUGCGUUGCGUGCGCUUCCGUGGGACCGGGCUGCCCCGGGGGGGGGGGCUGCGGCUCCGGGACGGACACGGGGACCCCACGGCUGCCGCCGAGCCCCCGGGAUGGGGACUGCGCCCAGAUCCUCGAGUGGCGGCGGGGAGGGGACGCGCGGGGCAGGAUGUGACCCGGGGGCGGCCGCUUCCUCCCCCCAUCCCGCG